AUGACCCAGAAUGUGAAUUCCUUCACCAUCACCUCCGGCCUUCUCCACGACCCCUUCUCCGCCGCUCGCCUCAUCGCCGCCGUCGCCGCCACUGACCUCUCCCUCGCCCACCUCACCUUCCUUCACUCCCCAACCCCCUCCGCCUUCGCCUUCAAUUCCCUCAUCCGUGCCCACUCCUCCGGCCCUUCUCCAUCCGUCUCACUCCUCCUCUUCCGCCGCAUGCUCCGUCGUCGUCUCCACCCGGACCGCUUCUCCUUUCCCUUCCUCUUCCGCGCGGCUGCCCGCGCCACCACCGACCCCAACCUCGUCUUCUCCCUCCAUUCCCUUGCGCUCCGCCAUGGCGUCUCGCUGGACCCCUUCGUUGCCACUUCGCUGCUCCACGCUUACGCUUCUUUCGAUGCCUUCGAUUCUGCUCUCAAGGUGUUCGAUGAAAUGCCUCUGAGAACGAUAGUCACUUGGAACGCCGUCAUCUCCUGCUGUUCCAAGUCUGCGCGCAAUCUCCACGGGUUAACACUCUUCAGUGCGCUCCUCCAAUGGCGAGACUUGCGCGCAAACGCUGACACUCUCAUUGCCGCUCUAUCCUGCUGCAAAGGCCUCAACACCUUGUGCCAUGGUAAGAGCUUGCACGCACUAGCCAUUCGAUUGUGGCUGGACGCAUUGGUGGAGCUGAGCACGAGCUUGGUGCACACGUACGUGAAAUGCGGUGGUUUGGAUUAUGCGAAGAAGGUGUUCGAUGAAAUGCCUGAGAGAGAUGUGUCAGCGUGGACGGCGAUGAUUGGUGGUAUGGCGAUGCAUGGACGUGGAGAGGAGGCUGCGGAGUUAUUCAGGCAAAUGAAGGUUAGUGGUAUUGAACCAGACUCUUUGACAUUUACUAGUGUUUUGCAUGCAUGUAGUCAUUGUGGGUUGGUGGAGAUGGGAAUGAGGAUUUUUGAGGAGAUGGAGGAGAGGAAGGUGGUGAGAAUGGAGCAUUAUGGGGUGGUGGUGGACAUGUUGGGAAGGGCAGGGUUGAUGGAGGAGGCUGAGAAGUUUGUAGAGAGGAUGGAUAUGGAGCCAAGUAGAGAGGUUUGGGGGGCAUUGUUGAAUGGGUGUUUGGUGAAUGGGGAGGUGGAGAUGGGGAAGAGGUUGGAGAGGAAGUGUGUGGAGUUAGGGUUAGGGUUAGGGCUGGGGAAGGAGGGUGGGGGGUUUAUGGUUGGGGUUUCUAAUGUGUAUGCUAGGGAAGGGAGGUGGGAGGAGGUGGGAAUGGUGAGGGAGAGGAUGAUGGAGAAAAAGAUCAGGAAAGAGAAGGGUUUUAGCUUGGUUGAGAGGGGACCAAUGAUUUCGUGUAGGUCAUUUUGA